AUGUCGGGAUUCACCACGAAGGGCCGGCCGAUAGUCCCAUCGUUCGGCCUAUGGCGAACCGGCGGCAGCGAGGGUCCGACAGACGCAUCGUCAAUCUCACAGGUGUUUCGGGAGGCGGGUAAGAAAGCACUGCAGGCGAAGCAGCAGCAGCAACUGGCGUUAGAACCGUACGAGGAUAGCGAGAAGACCGCUAUUAACGGAUCUUUCUCCUCUUCUUCCUCCUCAUCGUCCUCUGCUGCUACCCACCCUUCCUCUGAUUCCCAUUCCUCUUCCGUGUCCCACCCCCCAGUACCAUCCCACCCUUCCACUGCGCCGUACCCUGCCAUAGACCCAUACCCUUUCGCAGCAGCCAACUCGUUCGUCCUGUCAAUACCGCUUCAAGCAGGACCUAAAAACGCCACACACUCGCCAACUUCUGAGUCGACUCAAAAAUCGCUUCAAGCAGGACCUAAGAAUGGCACCCAUUCUCCAACCUCUCAAGUCCACCCCACCGCACCCGAAUCAAGUCCGAUCCUUUCGCCUCGCCAUGCUCUCGCGUCGUCUCCCACGCGCCUCGAUCCCUCUAAAAACCCGACCUUGGAGUCGCACCCCGCCACGGCUCGCUCUCCGCACUCGUCACCGCACCCUCCGGCGUUUUCAAUCAAAGCGACCGUCGCGUCGCUCGUGGGGAGCGUCAACCUGCUCAGCCUGAGCGACAGCUACGCUGCCGGCGACGCGUCGACAAUAUCCACCGUGUUUCGCGACAAGAAGAAAAAAAUCCUGCAGGAGAAGCAGCAGCAGAAAGGGCUGCUGCUCCUCUCCCCCACACGCGAAGACCCGUCCCCUCCGGCGCCCUCAGGUGCUCCUCCAGGUGCUUAUUCAGGUGCCAUUCCCAGUAAAACCGAGCCUUCACCUGCGAGGGCUGUACCGGCUGCAGAGUCCCUUUCUGUGCUCAGCCUGAGCGACAGUUACGCCGCAGGCGACGCGUCGACGAUAUCGGCCGUGUUUCGCGACAAGAAGAAGAAGAUCCUGCAGGAAAAGCAGCAAAAGGGGUUCGCACUCUCCCCCACACGAGAGCUGACAGCCGUUGAUGAUGCUCAAUCUUCUCAUGCUGAGACGGUUCAACGGUCAUCUGUUGAGGCUGCUCAACGGUCCCCGCAGCGAAACUCAUGGUCGGGAAACUCGAACGCCGUGCACCCGGAAACUCCGGCGGAAGUUCCUACGUGGCAUCCUCAUCAGCUUCAAGGCGGUCCGUCUGACGUGGACUCGGACGCGUCGACGAUUUCCCUGGUUUUCCGGGAUAUGCGGCACAAGGCGCGGCAAGAGCGGCAGGAGCGGGAAUCAAAGGGGGUUGGAGGUGACGUGAGAGUUCAAGCGAGCACAGGAGCACAAGUGCUAGGAGCAGUCGAAUCAAGAGCAACAGGUGUAGCAGCAGGUCUAGCCGCAGAGGGCGAAGCAUAUCCCGUCUCGCCAAUACACGCUCUCGCGAGCCCCAACCGUCCCGAAUCCAGCCAACCGGCCAUCGAUCUCUGGCCGUCUAGCUCGCCGGCCGCAGCAGCCGGGCCUGCGGGGGAGAACGUGUCGCUAGUCUUCUGGUCGCGGCAGCAGGAAGGGCACUCGGGGGAAGACGCCAAGACGGCGAAAUUUGGGGAGAGAAUCCGGAAAGGUUCAGGCGAGGGUGGGGGGGCUGCUGUGGGGAAUGCGGCGGAAGGAGCAGGGGUAGAGAGCGCAGGAGGGGGAGGAGGUGGAGGGGGAGAAGGCGAGUUUGAGGCGUCGUUUAGAGCGUCGCACCCGCCUCACUCCACGGCGCAUGGGACGGCGCAGGAAGGAGCGCAGAUGACGGGGGUAGGGGCGGCGCAGGGGGCGGUGGCGGCGGAGGGGGAGGGGGAAGGGGCGGAGAGGGAGGCGGAGGAAAUCGACGAGGACGUGUUGCACGCGUGUGUGGAUCCCGCGUACGCGGACCCGCGGCGGCAGUUCAUGUCCAACCCCACGUGCUCUCUGGACGAGGCGUUUGACGCCAUCCUGCAGAACAUGGAUAGCGGCCCUCUGGGCGCUGACGCGCGAGCCACGGCCCAGGUGAGAUGGAGACCAGUAGAGCUCUUGAUGACUUUCUUGGAACGUACACAAGCGAAACCUAUGUGCUCGCUGGACGAGGCGUUUGACGCCAUCCUGCAGAACAUGGAUAGCGGCCCUCUAAGCGCUGACGCGCGAGCCACGGCCCAGGUGAGAUGGAGACCAGUAGAGCUCUUGAUGACUUUCUUGGAACGUACACAAGCGAAACCUAUGUGCUCGCUGGACGAGGCGUUUGACGCCAUCCUGCAGAACAUGGAUAGCGGCCCUCUAAGCGCUGACGCGCGAGCCACGGCCCAGGUGAGGUGGAGACCAGUAGAGCUCUUGAUGACUUUCUUGGAACGUACACAAGCGAAACCUAUGUGCUCGCUGGACGAGGCUUUUGACGCCAUCCUGCAGAACAUGGAUAGCGGCCCUCUGGGCGCUGACGCGCGAGCCACGGCCCAGGCUAGCCUGCAGUCACCGUUCGAGCAGCUAUUGGAAGGGAGUGAGUCUCCUAGCCCAGAGCACAACCACCAACACCAGCAGCAGCAGAAGCAACCACUGUCACCGCAGCAUGCUCAGCCUAGGUCAGAGCAGCACAGCAGGGCUGGACAAAGCACGGAUGAGGACGAGGCGAGGACGAGCGGGUGGCAGCUUCAGCUGCCCCUCCCGCUCUCCCACCGCGCCCAGCAGCAGCAGCAGCAGCAGGAGGGGGGUCAGGUGGGGUUGCGCGGGCUGAAAGCGCGCAGCAGGGCGUUUGUGAACAAAGUGAUGACCAAGCUGAACGGGCGUGCGGGCAUGGGCAGCAGUCCACACAACGCUCCCUUCAUCCAGGAGCGUGCGAAGUGA